ACAAAACCCAACAAAAGGAAAAGAAGAAAGAAGAAAUGAAAAAUGAAAAAGGCAAAAACUUUGUGGUUGUUGGUAAAAUACCAGAAGCAAAGCAACGUCAGUUGUACCCCGGUGGGCCCCAUUUAUGAUGCCGUUUGCGGCACACCAAGCCGACAAGGCUGGCCCGCCACCACCGGAACUUCCUUUUCCCCCACCCUUUCUGUUUUCCUUUUGCUUGCUCCCUCGCACCAUUUCCCUUCACCCAACCCUAAAUCGAAACGAAAAAGGAUCAAAAGGAAAAACCCAUCGAAUUCUCAACCGAAAUUGAUUUUUCUCGAUGCAAAAUAAGCUUGCGCCGAGCGGCGGAGGAGUGAUUUCCGGCGGUCUGAUGUCGAAUUUGACGAGAGAGGGGAGGGAUAUGGUGAUUUCGUUCGAGGAUUCUUCUUCGUACCCGGAUGAACUGGAAUUGGGCUUAGGGUUGAGCCUCGGCGGAGGAAGGGUUAGGGCUAAGCGGCCGCCGCCGCCUCCGGCGUGUGGCGGGGUUGCUUGGGAUCAGUAUGCGAGGAUCCUGACGGCUAAGGAUUUUCCUCCGGCAGGCUCUGCUAAAGCUCCGUCCUCGUCCUCAUCUUCUUCUUCCUCGUCCGUGACAAAAGCUAACGUUAAUAAUAAUGGCUCCUGUGGCACGAAAAGGACUGCUGAGUCGCCUUCUUCACCUCCGGGCCGUUCUGCAAUCAGUCAGGUAGUUGGAUGGCCUCCUGUCAGAAACUACAGAGUCAACAGCUUGGCCAACCAAUCAAAAUCACCGGUCGCUGAGAACUUCAUCUUGGCUGCUGAUAAAUGUAAGAGCAAGAAUUCAAUCUCGGACAAGGCUAAUCAUGAUGGAACCACAAACAAUAAUAAUGUAAAGGAAAAUGGACCUCGUAAAACAUCGUUGUUUGUGAAGGUGAACAUGGACGGUAUUGCAAUCGGUAGAAAGCUGGAUCUCAGUGCUCAUAGCUGCUAUGAGACUUUAGCCCGUGCACUCGAUGACAUGUUUAGACCCCGUGCAACUGUUGUUGCAAAAGGAUCCAAUGUGGUGGAGCAAGUUGUCGUUUCUGGUACAAGACAACCUUUUCGAUUGUUGGAUAGUUCAUCUGAUUUUGUGCUCACCUAUGAAGAUAAAGAAGGAGACUGGAUGCUUGUUGGUGAUGUUCCCUGGGAGAUGUUUCUAAACACAGUGAGGAGACUUCGAAUCAUGAGGACAGCCGAGGCUAAUGGACUUGGUACCCAACUCCAGGAUCCAAUGGAAGAACCAGGAAGCCAUCAACAGCUCCAAUAUAGAGUAUAUGUAUGCAUUCCCUCUCAAUCGUGCAUCUUGUGGAAUUACGAGGAUAAAUAAUACAUACCCCAUAUAUCUGGAAAGAAUACUAUUCGAGCAAUUUCCGGUUCUUGGUAUGGGUCUGCUUGAACCCGCAAAUUGUUUCUGUUCAUUUUUCACAUUUUAUCACCAAUACUAUUUCAAUGCACGAAAUGAUCCCGUCUGAUGGCGUGCACUUGUGUGUGGACGACUCAAAUGCACUUGCCUUCUUUUUCCUUUUGCU